AUGACCCAAGAACAAGUCGCCCCCGCUGCCCCAGCAGCCCCCAACCCAACACACGAGGAGCACCAAUAUCUCAACUUGAUCCGCACGAUUCUAGCUGAGGGCGAAUUUCGUCCUGAUCGAACUGGAACCGGCACAAGGGCCAUCGCUUUCCCAAACCAAUUGCGUGGUGCCCCGAUCCCCGUUCUGCCCCUCCUGACGACAAAGCGAGUUUUUCUACGCGCUGUGGUCGCCGAGCUUCUGUGGUUCAUCUCCGGCUGCACAUCAUCCCUACCCCUUUCCGAGGCCGGUAUCAAAAUCUGGGACGGCAAUGGAAGCCGCGAGUUCCUCGACAAGGUCGGACUGGGUCAUCGCGAGGAAGGUGACCUGGGUCCCGUGUAUGGAUUCCAGUGGCGGCACUUUGGCGCCGAGUAUGUUGAUGCGAAGACGGAUUAUACAGGCCAGGGUGUAGAUCAGUUGAAGGAGGUCGUGAACAAGAUCAUGAACUCGCCCUUUGAUCGCCGCAUUAUCAUGUCUGCAUGGAACCCUGCGGAUCUCCGCAAGAUGGCUCUCCCGCCGUGUCACAUGUUCGCGCAGUUCUACGUUUCCUUCCCACCAACAAUGAAGAUUGACGAGAAGACCGGCCGCCCGGACCAGAAGGGAACACUGUCAUGCCUUCUUUACCAGCGCUCCUGUGAUAUGGGUCUGGGUGUCCCCUUCAACAUCGCAUCUUACGCUCUCCUCACUCAUAUUCUCGCCCACGCUGCCGAUCUUAACCCUGGACAGCUGGUUCACACUAUGGGCGAUGCCCAUAUUUACCUGGAUCAUAUUGAUGCUCUGAAUGAGCAAUUGACCCGCGAGCCUACUGAGUUCCCGGAACUCCGUAUCAAGCGUGACGACCGUGGCAGUGCUGUCGUUGACGGGUGGAAGGAAGAUGAGUUUGAAGUCAUUGGAUACAAGCCGCACAAGAUCAUCAAGAUGAAGAUGAGUGCUUGA